AUGGAGUGCACACCAGCUAUUACCGUCUCAUGCCUUCAGGCAGCGAGGGGAUUACUUCAACCUCUAUUAUUCGAGGAAAAUCAAGAUCUACUAAACAUGUUUGAAAAAUUCCGUCAAUGCCGGACGAAGGAGGAACAAAUCAACUCGAUGGAGCUUGCAGAACACGCCAAUAAUGUGAUGAAUACCUUGGAUGAAGGUAUCAAGGGUCUCGAUGACCUUGACAACUUCUUCGGCUAUAUACACCAAGUUGGGGCUAGCCAUAGAAGAAUACCUGGGUUCAAGGUGGAAUAUUUUUGGGGACAACAAAAUAUACAUGUAACAAAACCUGACCGGGGGUAUAUAAGCAGAACUGCGGCUCACCGCUGGCAGUUGAGUUCUAAGUCUAAAGCGAUUCGGAAGAAAAGGAAGAAGUGGAAAAGAAGAAAAGUGAGUGAAAUAGUGAAGUGCAGUCAGUUAAGUGAGUUAAGUCAGCGUGAACGGCAAAGUUGUGUCAGUCGGCCGGACUCUGCUGGAGAAGAACGCCGAUAA